AGGCGGGGGCGGGGCCUCGUCUGUUACGUAACUCGUCUGCGACCGCGCCUGCGCUGGACAUCAUGGUGGCGGCUGGGCUCCGCGGUCCUGCCUUGCUAGGCGGCCUGACUUGGAGGCGGCCCGGGCUUUGGACUCAUUCAUUUCUGCGCCCCUUUGGGCCGCAGUUUUUUGAGGAAGCCAGGUCACUGUGUUACGGGUCCCCGCCUGGAGACACAGGAGAUGGAGAACCGGAGCGCGAGGCGGCGCGAAGGGAAGCCUCCGCACCGGAGUCGUCCCCACCUCUCCCUUUGCGCGACCUGGACGUUGGGGUCGGAUGUCUGUCGUCGCCCGAAAGCCUCAGACUGCUGACGUCGCGGGAUCGCGGGGACCCCAGCGGAGAGCGGAGCCAGCCCGACCUCCUGCAGUGGGAAAGAGGGUUCCCCUCGCUGCCCGCCCUGGCCCGGGCCGCCUGCGAGGCCCAAGAGCUCUACGUCUCCCCUUCCUGCUCAACUUGCAGAGAGGGACCCUUUCGGGCCGGAGAGCUGAUUUUAGCUGAGACUGGGAAAAGAGAAACUCACUUCAAAAAAUUAUUUAGAUUGAGCAACGUCGGACACUUAAAUAGCACGUGGGGGUUAGUUCCGUUCAGCAAGAUCGUGGGGAAGUUCCCCGGCCAGGUUCUGACGAGUUCCCUUGGUAAGCGUUUCAUGCUGCGGAGGCCAUCGCUGGAAGACUAUGUGUUACUGAUGAAGAGAGGGCCUGCCAUAACGUACCCCAAGGACGUGAACAUGGUACUGAUGAUGAUGGAUGUCAACCCUGGCGAUACUGUUCUAGAAGCUGGUUCUGGCUCUGGUGGAAUGAGCUUAUUUUUAUCCAAAGCAGUUGGAUCUCAAGGACAAGUCAUAAGUUUUGAAAUACGAAAGGACCAUCAUGAUCUGGCUAAGAAGAAUUACAAACACUGGCGUGAUUCAUGGAAAUUAAGUCAUGUGGAAGAAUGGCCAGAUAAUGUGAAUUUCAUUCUCAAGGAUAUUUUGGGAGCAGCUGAAGACAUACAAUCUUUAACAUUUGAUGCGGUAGCUUUGGAUAUGUUAAAUCCUCAAGUUGCACUGCCCACUUUCUACCCACGUCUUAAACAGGGUGGUGUAUGUGUUGUGUAUCUAGCAAACAUCACACAGGUUGUUGAGCUUUUAGAUGGAAUUCGCACCUCUGAACUUGCUCUGUCAUGUGAAAAGAUAAGUGAGGUCAUUGUCAGAGACUGGUUGGUUUGCUGUGCAAAACCCAAAAAUGGAAUUUUACCUCAAAAAGUAGAACCUAAAAUCAACACAGAUCUACAGUUACAUCCUGAAAAGGAAACUGAAGAUGAAGGUGAGGUGUUUCAAGAUUAUCAUGAAGUAUCACAAUCUGAUUUCCCAUAUGGAUCCUUUCCCUAUAUUGCAAGACCUGUCCACUGGCAAAUUGGUCACACAGCUUUCCUUAUCAAGUUGAGGAAGGUCAAACCACAAUUUAACUGAGUAUCUCAGAUGACCACAAUGGAUUUGAAGACAAAAAAGGAUCGAACUCGGGCCCUUGUGCUUGUGAGGCAGGCAGUGGAACCACUGAGCCAAAUCCCCAGCUUAAAUACGUAUUUCAAUGGUGUGUGCAUAUUUUUAAAAUAAUAAAUCUGGGCUAUAGUAAAAUUGGUAAAACUGAGGAUAUAAUCACUUUUUAAAAAUAUAUUUUUUUAAAAUAAUAGCUUUUAGAAAAUAUUCUGAUUAUUGAACCCAAGGCCCCAAGUGUUGUGCAUGCCAAGUACAUGAGCUAUGUAUUCCAGCAUUGACAGCUCUAAACUCUCUUAUUCCUCUCAAAAUCUUUGUAACCAAUUUGAAAGAACAUCAGUCAUUACAGUAUAUAUAAGUAAACUGUAGAAAUGUAGUUAGGCAUGAAUUCAUUGGAAAUAGGGCUCAUUAUCAUUUGUAUCCGGUAUUUUGCAUUUACUGUAUACCACACAUUGUUUAAAGAACUUUAUGAAAACCUUUGCUUAGUAGGUGUAGAAGCAGUGGGCUACAGCUGUGACUCAGUCACGCCUCCCGUAUGUGGUGGAUUCUGACACUGCAGGUCCUAGGAAGAUAUCACCCACCUGGACACCUCAGUGUGGAAGAAGUUUUUGGAUUCAUUUUUCUUUCACUUUUUUUUGUUUUGUUCUGUUCUUUAAUUGGAUUUUUU